GCGCGUCAUGUGACGGGGCCUCCGAGAAAACGCCAACAUGGAGCCGAGACGAGCAGCGCGCUGUCCCGGACAAUAACACGGAGAAAGAGCCGCGGGGAGCCGCGCUGACCGCGCAUCCGCCCGCGGGGAGCUGGGCCGGGCUCGGGCCGCAGUGGAAUCAGCUUGUGGCCUUUUGGUGAUCCAUUUUUCCCACACUUCCUCAACCGACCAUUAAAAAUUUUUUUUUAAACUGGAAAGCAACAAAUGGUCUCUAUAAGUGAUAAAGCAGUGACCACUGCUAAUGAUUCACUUGGGGACCAGGUGAUGGCCUCCUUGCCUUUCAUGGACGUUGGGGGCAGUGAAGGGAGCAGUUCGGCCUCCUGCUCCAGCCCGGAAAUGGGAGACGCUGGCACUUACCUUGGCUGCAGCACGGGGGAGGAAGAGGAGGAGGAAGAUUUUAACUCCGCGAUUGGCGGGGAGGAGGAUCUGGGAGCGGCACAGCUUCCCAGGCUGCCGGAUUUCAUCUCUCACGUUUCUAGCACCUUCUCUCCGACUCUUGAGGACAUCGAGGAGUUCCUGAUGGAGAAGAUGGAGCUGGUCCAAGAGGGUCAGAUGACCCCCGAGGAGCAGUCCGUGGAGGUUGUUUCUAAAGAGCAGCCAUCUUUUAAAAGUGAUCAGAGCAAUAAUAUUAAUACUGAAGCAGCUAAGUCUUCCACAGUGCCUCCUGCAGGCCAGAAUGAUAACGCUGCUGUUGCUGCUAGCUCCACUCCGGUGCUGGUUGGUGCUCCGCUGGUGCUGCAGAUCCAGCCUGUGCAGCUCAGCGAUCCCCUUCCCCAACCCAACCCCCAAGUUGGGCCAGCCAACGGGCUGCGGGUGGCACACCUGGUGCUGGGCGUCCAGGGCGGGCAGAACAUCACGCUGCUUUCACCACAGGUGCCCUCUGCAACCCUCCUGCCUAUCGUGGGUGAAGCAGGAGGCCAAGAUCCAAAGUACGUGAAGAUCGCCCCUUUUCCAAUCACAGUGCGGGCAGUCGGCAUAACGGGCACCAGCUUGGUCAAAGCCAUCCCUCCACGCCCACCCAGACCCUCCACAGAGACUCUGCGGGUGCACAAAUGCUCUCAUCCAGGGUGCGAGAAGAUGUACACCAAAAGCAGCCACCUGAAGGCCCACUUCCGCAGACACACGGGCGAGAAGCCAUAUUUGUGCAGCUGGCCGGACUGCGGCUGGAGGUUCUCGCGGUCUGAUGAAUUGUCCCGCCACCGUCGCUCUCACUCCGGAGUCAAGCCUUACGAGUGCACCAUGUGCGACAAGAAAUUCGCCAGGAGCGACCACUUAUCCAAACACACCAAGGUGCACAGGAGCCCGCGCACCAGCAGACUAAUCAGAACCAACUUCUGAAGCGCCAGGACCUCCUGACCCCACCCCUACCCACACUUACACACCAACUCACCCACCCACAGCAGACCUGGAGCUCGGAGGCUAACAGGCUAACUGGCUAACAAGCAGAGAGUUAGAAGAUCUAAACUGACUGCAGUCUUCCCUUACCUUUUUUCCCGCCUCCUUUUUUUUUUUCAUUUUAUAGUUUAUCCAGAUGUUUGCUUUUCUUGGUGCUACACUAAGCUAAGUCGAAUCUCAGGGAUGUGAUUGUUCAGCUCAAAGCAGAUUUCUGGUGAUCCGCUAGGCUCAGGCCCAGGCCCAGCUGAAGCUUAGCUAAUUGCUCCGUUCUCCGUUCAGCGGGGGUGAAAGUUGCGGGAGGUUUUGUUAUGGAAGCUAAUGUAGGUCAGCUGAGGUUUGAGAUUUGUUUUUGUAUUGACUUUUCACUUAAUUUCACAAAAAAGAAGAGAUUAGGAGGGUUUUGAAGGCAAUCCAAUGCAAAAUUAAAGAUUUGGAGAGAUUAAGUGCUACAUUUGGGUGCUAAAUGUCUGUAUUUUGCGAGUAUUCCCUUAAGUAAGUCUGUUCAGACGGGAAUAGUAUGUAUAGUAAGUAGUAUUAGUAGUUUAUUAUCAAGUCAAGUCUCAAGUUAAUGGUUUGGGCAGGAGGUAGCACAGACAUGAGCUGAAUUAAGGUUAAGCGAUUAUAGGGCGAUUAUAGUCUCAAGACUGCCGUAAAUAAUAAUAAAUAAAGACCAAUGUAGAAAAUAAUAAUAAUAAUAAUAAUAAUAAUAAUAAUAAUUAUUAAUAGACUAUCAUGUUGUUUCAUGGUGAAGCCAAGAUGAAGAUCCCCCGCCUUUUUAGAUUGUGGCAAUAUGCACUCAUAUAACGUGAGCUUUUAAUGCAAAAUAAUGCAAUUAAAAUGCAAAAAUAUCUCGACUGUCGUGGAAUAGUAUCAGUUUUAUAGCACUUAGUGUACUCUGCGGAGUACCGCCCUCUGAACAGUUCAAUCAAGACAAAGUCCAGUGUGAUUGUCGUUACACCUAUGUAUUACUCUACAUAUUAUUUACAUAUUCAUAUUCAUAUUUCUCUCAUUUUCUUUUUUUGUUUUGUACUGAAGUAGGAAGUACCUACGAAAAUGCUACUAAUCUGUAAAGGACGUUUUCUUGGCCCAAUCACAUCCCUGAUUGAACCAGAAGAUAUUCUCACGUUGAGUAUCUUCCAACUUUUCUCCUGUGCCUCGUUAAAUAUGUAUAUACAAUAUAAGUAUAUACACAUCUCUCUCUCACUCGGUCGAGAGAGGCUAUGCCAAACCAGAGCUCCCUUACAUACAUACAUACGUUUGUUAUCUCUGGGACUUUGGGUGAGUGACUUCACUAUGUUUAUGGACAAAGUUGCUCAUCAUCAUUAUCAUCAUCGUCGUCAUCAUCGUAUAAAUAUAUAUAUACGUAUAUACACGUACUGUAAUACAGACCUAUAAGCUAGGAGCAGUUUUGUUCUUUCUCCAUGUAAAGUAUCGUUUCCUUUGAAAAGAAAAGCUGCUUCCUUACAUUAUCAUAGUGUGCUUUUGCUUCUGAUCAAUGCAUUAACAAUGAAUACAUGGUGCACUUCACUCAAUAAGCUACGUUCAGGAGGACAGCCUACUGCCGUAAUGUCCUGAUUCAGAAGGGGGCAGCUGAUUGUUGAUUGUCUCGUCGAUAUGAAGCUAUGGGUCGCUGUGUGAAAGAGUAAUGAAUCAUCAGAGACUGUUACUCGCCAUCUCUUCUUUAUCCGGGUGACUGUCAGUGAGUUUUCUUCACUGGGGAGGGGAAACGGCUCAUUCAUUCAGAAAGUCACAGCGCUGGUUAAAGAAUGAAAGUUUAUCCAGCUGAAUGAUUUCUACACCUGUACUCCCUUUUUUUUUGUUUUGUUUUCUUUCUGGAAGUUUUCUGCCAUCUUGCCUUUAUGCUUUAUGUGUUUUUUGAAUAUGUAACUGGGCUCAUAUUCAUAAAGCUUCUCAGAGAGUAGGCGUACUGAUCUAGGAUUCGAUUUCUUGCUUAUUUGUUGCUUAUUAAGAGACGUCACAGUACAAAAUUCACCAUCAUAACCAACAAAAGUAUUUUGAAGAUUUUGAUUUUUGGAGGUGUAAAUAUGAAAAAAAGCACCCUGUGCAGCUAACUUUUUACUUUUUAUUUAUUCACCCAAAUUAGCAGAACCAGUUAACACCUUAGACCCUGCUUGUAGACAUGUUUUAUAUUAGGGCUGCACUAUAUAUCGUUUAAGCAUCAUCAUCACGAUGCACAGCUCUGUCUCUGUGUUUGUGUGAGUGCUGCUGCCUGAGAAGGGGGGAGGGGGGGUCAGGGGUAAACACGAGGUAACCGCAUGGUACUCAUUAUGAGGUUUUACUUCAACCAGAGUCCAUUUCAUACCAGUUAUCUCCUUUAACAAAAGGAGACCCAAAAUUGAACCCUGUGGGAUCAAUGAAUAGAUAAUAAAUAUAAGAUUCUAGGGGUUAACCCACCUACCCAACCACCCACUCACCAGGACAAUUUUAAGGCAAUUCACGGCACAUUAAUGCAGUAGGAUGAUAAUAAUUUAAUGCAGUGUCUGGCUGUGUCUUGUAUCUCUAAACAACUGUCAAAAAAAAAUGGCAGAAAAUCUUUUGGUUUUUUUUUUAUUGUAUAUUGUGUAUAUUAUACAUAUUUUAUAUUGUAAACGUUAAAAUUAAAAGUAGAAUUUUACUGCUUUAGUGUGCCCUGAAUUGCCUUGCCUUUGUUAAUUGGCUUCAAAUGUGGGGAAAAAAGGGUCUCAUUCAAACUGCAAAAUCAAAGAGAAAAAAGUUUUUCCCUUUUUCAUUUUCUGAUUUUACAUUUAAUGAUUAUCAUUUGGAUACUACAUACACCGACCCAUCAGAUAUUUGCUUCAAGAGAAGAUACAUAUUUAAUAAUUUUAUAAAUACUGUUUGAGAAAGCCAGAAAUGAAGCUAGAAAAUAAAAAAAAAAUAGAUGAAAACCUGUUUCUUUUUUUCAAUAUUUGAUGCAAGUUUUUCAUAUGAUUUUCAGUUCUUGGUCAGAAAAUUGAGCUGAUAGUAAAUCUUACAUCACUAGGACCCAGCCAGUGGGAGCAUGGUUAAUUGUGCUCUCUCGGGCUCCGGCUGCUGAUGCUGAAGCAGCUUGACCUGCUAAUUAAAUGUGCAAUUCUGGGGCCAUAUAGCCACAAAGUAACCAUAUAGUGCACUAUUUCUGUAAUAGGGAGCAAUUCAGAACACAGGUCAUGUUUACAUUAGGUCAGCUCAGAUGUUCUUUAUGGUCAGUGUUCUAUGGUCUGCCCUCUGGUGCUAUAUAAAACAGUUACAUCUACACACUGUUGUACUUAAUGCAUUUGAAGUACCAACAAUUUAAGGAAGAAUUUCAACAAGUUUUAUGAACCUUCUGACCUUCUGUCCUUUUUCUCAUAAAGAAUGAUCUACAAGCAGCACAGGCUUUUAGAACGACCUUCACAGUCGCCUGACUUUAACAUCAUUCAAAACCUGUGGGUGGGAGCAGUCUAAAAAUAUUGCAGAACUAGAAGCACUUAGAAGUGAAGAGUGGGUGAAAAUUAUUUUUAAAAAAAAGAGCAGAAAGACUCUGAGCUAAACUGACUAAAAAUGCUGUUAGUAAGUAAUUAUUGUUAUACGUCCGAUCUCCAAAAGUACAAACUUCUGACGUGACUUAGAAUCAGAAUUAGCUCUUAUUAACAAGACCCUAGAUCAGCGUUCCUACUCUGAGAAGCUUCAUGAACGACGGCCCUUAAAUUGUUCUUUUAUUUUUGACAAUUCAGUCUUUCUGUGGAUUUGUAUAAGAACGCUAUUGGUAAUAAUCAUGAAUAAUUGCCAUUCCCUUCCUGUUUUGACCGCAAACCUCACCUGUUAUGUAGCAACCGGCUUAACCUGUUACACAGUAACUGAAUUCACAUGUUACUUUGUAACUGAUUUUUCCUGUUACAUGGUAACCAGCUUAAUCUGUUACAAAGUAAUUGAUUUUGCAUGUUACUUGGUAACUGAUUUCCGUUGUUACAUAGUAACUGAAUUCAUCUGUUACAUAGUAACUGGCUUAACCAGUUACAUAUUAAUAAGAAUUGCAUUUGAAUUUACUUGGUAACUGAAUUCAGUUGUUACGUAGUAACCAGGUUAACCUGUUACAUAAUAACAGAAUUCAUAUUAUGGUCAUUGAAUGUGGAUAUUUCUUAGUAACUGAAUUCAGAUUAACCUGUUACAUAGUAAUUGAAUUUGCAUGUUACUUGGUAACUGAAUUCAUCUGUUACAUGGUAACCAGAUUAACUUGUUACAUAGUAACUUGAUUCAUCUGUUAGAUAGUAACCAGAUUAACCUGUUACAUAGUAAUUGAAUUUGCAUGUUACUUGGUAACUGAAUUCAUCUGUUACAUGGUAACCAGAUUAACCUGUUACAUAGUAACUUGAUUCAUCUGUUAGAUAGUAACUAUGAAUGAAUUAAUCUUUUACAUAGUAACAUAAUAACAGGAUCAAUUUGUAACAUAGUAACUGAAUUCAUCUGUUACAUUGUAAUUAUAUUAACGUUACAUUGUAACCAAAUUCACCUGUUACAUAGUAACCGGAUUCACCUGUUACAUGGUAAAUGAAUUCAUCUGUUACUUGGUAACCAGAUUAAACUGUUACAUAGUAAUCACACUCACCUGUUACAUGGUAACCUGGAUAUUACAUAGAAAAAAAAUGUUUCACAGUGUGGAACAGGCUGUGUUUGAAAAAAGCCCACUAAUGUAAAGGUGCUUAUUUUGGUCUCCUGAUUCUUUUGAUUGGUUGACAAUGUUUCAGUGUUUUUCCCCUACGUGUUCUCUUGUUUUUUUUUGGAAGAGAAGUGUGCUGUAAAGAGAUUGAUCUCCAAAACCCCACCCCCAUCCAUACCCCAGCCCUCCUGUCAUCUGCCUUAACAGGAAAUUCAUUAACAUAUUAAUACUUUUCCUUUUUCAAAGCAAUCCAAUGUAGCUGCUCGACUGUAUAGCUGGAGACGUGUAGGUUAUAUUUUUGAAUAACUGAGAAACAAAAAAAUGCUAUUUUCCUAUGUACAACAAUAAAACAAUAAGAAACAAUUGGCUGAGAAGCUAA